GUCAUUAAAAUAAUCGAUUAAUUAUAACUUAUAACUAUUUGAAUGUAGGUGGGUUCAUGAUUGGUCAAUUUGUAGCAUUGUAAAAAGAUCAGGUUUGUAAUUGUAAUCUCACAUCCCGACGCCGGACACAAUUAUCACUCAUUUUGCGUCUCAAACUAGACACAAACAAUAUUGGCCUUAAACGAAUGUAUUGUAUUUAAAUGAAAAAAUAACUUUUAUCCCAGUUCGAUUAAUGCUAAUUUGUGGUGAUUAUUGUGCCUAAUAACUGAACGUACAUUGUAUCAACUUAAUCAUUUUUUUCAUUAAUUAAGAAUUUAAUUGCAAAUGAUAGACUAUAAGAGAGGUUGCAUUACAGUUGGAAUGAUCAGUUUAUUAAAAGCAAUCAGCCCAAGCAGUGAAUUUCACGAAAUGAAGUUUGAAGAACAGAGUUUUGUUGUUGUUGGUGCAGCUCGCACCGGUGGUAUUGGUCUUAAUUUUGUGAGGGAACUUUUGGCUAUCGGAGUUGAAAAAAUUGCCGUAUUCGAUGUUGCUGAUCCAAGCGAAAUCAAUAAACUGAAGAUGCAAUUCGGCGAUAAAGCCAUUUUAUUUCACAAAGUUGAUGUUCGCAACAAGACCGAAAUUGAGACAGCAUUCAAAGAAGUAGUCAUGACAUUUGGAUAUGUAGAUGUGUUGGCAAAUAUCGUGGGAAUUUGUGAUGAGACCAAAAUUGAAGACACAAUUCAUGUAAAUCUCUGUGGGAUGAUUUAUAGUACUUUGAUCGGGAUUGAUCAAAUGAGUGUGAAAAAUGGUGGUCACGGAGGUAUGAUUGUGAAUGUCGCUUCAGUUGCAGGCCUAGACCCUUUUCAUCGAUGUCCCGUAUAUUCUUCUAGUAAGAGCGGAGUGGUUGCAUUCACAAGAUCACUUUCCGAUAAGAUAUUGACUUCAGAAUUCGGGAUAAAAUUUGUUCUUAUAUGCCCGGGUAGUACAAAAACUGAAUUGUUGAAAGACACAUUACCGAAAAUGUUCGGAACUUAUGAUGGUGGCGAGGAAUAUAACCGAAUAAUGGCAGAAUAUGGGAGUCAAACAGCGGAAGAAUGUGCUAAGAGUAUGAUACAAGCAUUGAAAGAAUCGGAAAAUGGAUCCACGUGGAUUUUAGAUAGAGCUAAACACACAGCUGUGAAUUUUUGUCAGUAUUACCAAAUGGAUUAGUGUAUCGUAAUUUUACGCUGAUGUACUCACAACUCUAUUCGUUUCUAAUGUCCACGCAAUAUUAUGAAACUUACUCAUAAAUUCAACUUUCACUCUAACCAAGGGUGCAAAUUGUGAAUAAAAAAUGU